GCGCUGUUAAGAAGAGGCCGGGUGGUUUUUAAUCAGAAACGGUUCCGCCACGGCGCUGAUCGGACUGUUCGCUCGCGCUCUCGCAGCCAGCGCGCACUCGGCCGCCGAGCUCGUCUCUGUUCGUCCGCGUCGUCUGCUCGCGUCUGGGGCACACAUCUAUGAAGUCGUCAGCUGACACUCAGGCGCUGAACCAUCCAGGUGCCUGCAGUUCAGAAUUUUUCUAUCCACCUGGGUGCCUGGUCCCAGUGUCCGAUAGUUACCCGCGAUGUCUCUCGUCUUCAGAGCAACGAGCAGGCUCUCUUACCUAUCCCAUCAGCCCCUACUACCGACCAGACGUCGGGGCUCUCUCAGACAUCACGAGCCUGGCCGUCGCCGAAGGGGCGAUGAAGCCUCCGUACUCGUACAUCGCCCUCAUCACGAUGGCCAUCCGCAGCACUCCCGAGCAGAAGAUAACGCUCAACGGCAUCUACAAGUUUAUCAUGGAUAGGUUCCCUUUCUAUCACCACAACAAGCAGGGCUGGCAGAACUCAAUCAGGCAUAACCUGUCCCUCAAUGAUUGCUUCGUCAAGUUGCCGCGCGAGAAAGGCAAGCCUGGUAAGGGCCACUACUGGACGUUGGGCGCCAACUGUGAGUCCAUGUUCGAGAACGGCAAUUUCAGGCGCAGAAAGCGCAGGAAGAAGCAGCCCGCAAUGGAUAUGGAUCGCCCGGCCACAGUCGCCUUUGCUAAGCAUGAGCGACUCUUCGCAGCAGCAGCUGCGGCGGCGGGGCGACCCUACCACGAGCUCGACCUGUCCACUCCCGUCAGGCUGCCGCUGCCGUCUAGUGCACCGCGAACGCCCGAGCUGCCCGCGCAGCCCGGCCGCAUCUCAUCGCCGACGCCCGCAGAUACGGCGAAAGCUGGCGAACGGUUCAAUAGCUCCUUUACCAUCGAGAGCAUCAUGAGGCGGCCCUCGAAGGCAGCGACGAAUCGAACGGAAACGGACGCGCCGCAGCUACACGUACCGCGGCUCGGCGCAACCGCCUGCGGUGGCGAUACGCUGUGCGGCCAUUUGCCCGCAUUCUCUUUGCCGCUGUGUUUCGGCAAAAGCUGGCUGGCGGCGGAGGGCUUCGCUCAAACGCAAGGACAGCCUGGCGGUGCCUUGUGGUCGCCACUGAGUAGGUACGAUACGCUCGUGAGUUACAAACGCUCGCUCGCCUCAGCUGAUGCUCAGGCGGCCUUCGAUGCCUUUCCGCCGCUAUUGAAGGUCCAACUUGGUGAAAAAAGAACUCCUACGCCGUGACAUAUAGCAUGCGUGCGUCUAUAGUAAUCGUUUUCAAUUCUGCCACCUUUUAUUUAUGAUGUCCCCGAAGGUAUGUGUUCAUCCAGAAUAAAUGUCACUGACCUAUAGUCUGAACCCGAA